CGUGCACCAUAAAAACAUGUCAGGGAGCCAGCUAGUUGAUAAGCGAGUUUGCCAAGUUAUGUUGAUACAUUAAUUUACUAGCCAGCUAGUGAUCUUCGAGUUUGCAGAAGAAACUCACACAGCAAACAAUCUGUUCAAGUUGUAGAAUUUUUUUCUUGGGUGCUACGCUAGCUACCGUGAGCUAGGUUAGCUAACCUGGGAAUGGAUCGGUUCUGUACAUCAGACAGGUUUGAAUAUUUGCAGGGGCUGGUGACAGAGUUUCAGGACACUGACAGUGAAGAAGCUAAAGAGCAAAUCUUGGCCAACCUUGCCAACUUUGCCUAUGAGCCACGUAACAUGGAAGCCUUACGGAUGCUUCAGGUCACUGAACUCUUCCUGGACAUGCUGACAGAGGACAAUGAGAACUUUGUAGAGUUUGGAAUUGGUGGACUGUGUAACCUCAGUAUGGACCAGGAGUGUCGUGAUCAAAUUUUGCAGAGCGGAGGAAUUCCUUUAGUGACAGGCUGCCUGUCGAGUCACAGAGACGAAACUGUUCUCUCUGCCAUCACUACACUAAUGAAUCUUACCACAGCAGAAUCAUGCUCCCAAACAACAGAUAAUGCAGUGGUGCAAUGCAUGCUGCGUUUCUCACUUACACGGAACCCUCGACUCUCUAAUCUGGCUGCUGUCUUCCUGCAGGACUACUGCUCCCAGGAACAGGUGGACAGAGCCAGGGAACUAAUGCAAGGACAUACCCAGUCAGUAGUUGGUAUUCCACUCCCAAAAGACUAAAAGCCUUUAAAUCAAGGAUGUUCAGUCAGAGCAGUUUUGAUUUGUGAUGAAUGCUGAUCUGACUUAAGAGUGACAGUAUGAAAUCUUG